AUGCCGUCGCUGGAAGAACCCGAGCAGAAUGAGGCGCGUCUGCUGCUCGUGUCGAACCGUCUCCCAAUUACCAUCAAGCGGUCGGAAGAUGGCAAAUACGAUUUCUCUAUGUCCUCCGGGGGCUUGGUGAGUGGCCUGAGUGGACUGUCCAAGUCGACCACCUUCCAGUGGUACGGCUGGCCGGGCUUGGAAGUGCCCGAGGCCGAGAUUCCCGUGGUCAAGCAGCGGUUGAAGGAAGAAUAUGGUGCCGUGCCGGUGUUCAUCGACGAUGAUCUGGCGGAUCGCCACUACAAUGGAUUCUCCAACUCCAUCCUCUGGCCGCUGUUCCACUAUCACCCCGGUGAGAUUACCUUUGACGAGUCCGCAUGGGAUGCCUACAAGGAGGCCAACCGGCUCUUCGCCAAAGCCAUUGCCAAAGAAGUGAAGGACGGGGACCUGAUCUGGGUCCAUGACUACCAUCUCAUGCUGCUCCCAGAGAUGCUGCGCGAAGAGAUCGGCAACGACAAGCAGAACGUCAAGAUCGGCUUCUUCCUGCACACUCCGUUCCCGAGUAGCGAGAUCUACCGGAUUCUCCCCGUCCGCAAUGAGCUCCUCCUGGGAGUCCUGCACUGCGACCUGAUUGGUUUCCACACUUAUGACUACACUCGGCAUUUCCUGAGCAGUUGCUCGCGCUUACUUGGACUGGCGACGACCCCGAAUGGCAUCGAAUUCCAGGGCAAGAUCAUCACUUGCGGCGCUUUCCCGAUUGGUAUUGACCCCGAGAAGUUCACGGAAGGUCUCAAGAAGGAGAAGGUGCAGAAGCGCAUUGCCAUGCUCGAGCAGAAGUUCCAGGGUGUCAAGCUCAUGGUGGGCGUCGACCGCCUUGACUAUAUCAAGGGUGUGCCGCAGAAGUUACAUGCGCUCGAGGUCUUCCUCAGCGACCAUCCCGAAUGGGUGGGCAAGGUCGUUCUGGUACAAGUUGCCGUCCCCAGUCGACAGGAUGUGGAGGAAUACCAGAACCUGCGAGCUGUCGUCAACGAGUUGGUGGGCCGAAUCAACGGCAAGUUUGGCACGGUCGAGUUUAUGCCCAUUCAUUUCCUCCACAAGUCCGUCAACUUUGACGAACUUAUUGCUCUCUACGCCGUAUCGGAUGCUUGCAUCGUCUCGUCGACUCGUGACGGCAUGAACCUGGUCGCCUAUGAGUACAUCGCCACCCAGCAGAAGCGACACGGUGUCCUCGUCCUCUCCGAAUUUGCCGGCGCGGCCCAGAGUUUGAACGGCAGUAUUAUUGUGAACCCCUGGAAUACGGAAGAGCUGGCGGGUGCCUACCAAGAAGCUGUGACCAUGAGUGACGAACAACGCGCGCUGAACUUCGCCAAGCUUGACAAAUACGUUUCCAAAUAUACCAGUGCCUUCUGGGGCCAAUCCUUCGUCACCGAACUCACCCGCAUAUCCGCGCAGUCCGCCGACAAGUUCCAGGCGAAGAAGUUAGCCGUGGGUGCUUCUAAUUCGGCUGACGGAAACGUGACUCCGGAGCAGCUUGCGUAA